UAAGCACAAUACUCAUCGAUUGACAAUUCAGUGUAGUCAACAUGUGGACUCAACUUACUCUAUUUGUGUUUGUUGCUUUGCAUAUGGUUUUAACAUCUGCAGAAACGAAUGGUUUGAUUGAAAAACUGGAGCCUGAAUAUAGAGAUCUCGACUAUAACAAGGAAAUAGGAUACUAUUUAAGAAUUGUGAAUAAGAUUAAUAAAGAGUUCAACGAAGGAAAAAUUGAAGAAAAAAAGAUUAAAAAGAGGAACAAGGUAUGUGGUAAUGCCCAUUUCGGUGAAAAUGAUGCAGCAAUAAGUAAAACUCUUCGUCAUCUAUUGGCAAAACCAGCUGUAAAGCUCACCAAAGAGAGAAUGGAUUCACAUACAUUUUCCAGUUGGACGUUUUAUCAUCUUCCCACACUCCACAAUUUUACUUAUUGUAUGGAAAUUGGACUUCUUCCUGAAGAAAAGUAAGCAUGGAUAAAGUAUAUGUUAAGAUACAAAAUAAUAUCUGUUACCACUUAAUAUACGUAAUAAAUAUUUUAAAUUUGCAA